GCUGCGGCCUGGUCCUGCUGGAGGGUGCUCCGGCGCUGCCUCAGGAGCCGAGGCGCGGGAUGAGCCACCUGGGCUGGGCCCUGUGCCCGCGGCCCCUCCUGCGCGGGCCUUGGGCGGUGCCGCGGGGGCUGCGCCGGGUCUCGGUGGCGGCGGGUCUGUGCCGGUGCUCGGCAGGCACCAGCACUGCUUCUGUCGCGGGCAUGGAGGAGCUGCUGAGCCGCUCCGUCCCGCCGCUGCCGCCCUAUGAAACCAAGGAGAAGGCGCCGCCCCCCGCGGAGCUGCGCAGCGCUGAGUUCGUGCGGUACUACCGCGGCCUGGAGGCCGGGCCUCCCCGCGCCGAGCUCCUCACUCGCUUGGCCCGCGACUUCGGCGUGGACCAUGGGCGGGUGGCGGAGUUCAGCGCCAAGGUGCUGCAGGCCCGUGAGCAGCAGAGGGAGCUGGGCGCCCUGCUGCAGGCCGAGGACCGCCUCCGCUACUACCUCAACCCCCAGUACCGGGGUCUCUUCCAGCACCUGGGCCGUCUCGAGGGCGGGCUGCGCUUCCUGGUGGAAUUGAGGGGAGACCUGGUGGAGGGGCUGGCGAGCAAGGCGGUGGAUGGGCCGCAUGUCAAGGAAAUGAAUGGAGUUCUAAAGAACAUGCUUUCAGAGUGGUUCUCGACAGGAUUCCUGAGCUUGGAAAGAGUCACUUGGCAAUCACCUUGUGAAGUACUCCAGAAAAUUAGUGAUUCUGAAGCUGUGCAUCCUGUUAGAAACUGGGUUGAUAUGAAGCGUCGAGUUGGGUCAUAUAGAAGAUGCUACUUUUUUUCUCACUGUGCAAUCCCAGGGGAACCACUGAUAGUCUUGCAUGUUGCACUAACCAGUGAUAUCUCCAGCAGCAUCCAGGCCAUAGUGAAAGAGGUGCCGCCUUUAGAAACAGAAGAUACAGACAAAAUUACAACAGCAAUUUUCUACUCAAUCAGUUUGACUCAGCAGGGACUGCAAGGUGUGGAACUUGGGACUUACCUCAUCAAGCGGGUUGUAAAAGAGCUGCAGAAAGAACUUCCUCAGAUAAAAGCUUUUUCUACUCUUUCACCAAUCCCAGGAUUCACAAAAUGGCUUGUUGGUCUCCUCUCCUCACAAGCAAAAGAACUGGAAAGAAAUGAACUUUUUACAGAAUCAGAAUGGCAAGAAAUCUCUCAGAUCACAGGAGACACUACUACUGAAACACUGAAGAAGAUCUUAAAUAACAAUGAGUGGGUGAGAUCAGAGAAAUUAGUUCAAGUGCUCCAUUCACCAUUUAUGAGACUCUGUGCCUGGUACUUGUAUGGAGAGAAACAUCGUGGCUAUGCCCUUAAUCCAGUAGCAAAUUUUCAUCUUCAGAAUGGUUCUGUGAUGUGGCGAAUAAACUGGAUGGCGGACACAAGCCCUCGGGGCAUUGCUGCAUCUUGUGGCAUGAUGGUAAACUACCGGUACUUCUUAGAGGAUACAGCCAGCAAUAGUGCAGCAUACCUGGGCAGUAAACAAAUUAAAGCCUCAGAGCAGGUUCUUUCCUUGGUGUCUCAAUUCCAGCAAAACAGCAAGCUUUAAUUAAAUAUUACGAAAACUAAGAACAAGUGUUCCUCACCUAUGAAGAGCUGUAAUAAUUUAUUCAGCACAAUGCAAUGAAAAGUUAUCUAGAUUCCCAGUCAUCUUGCUUACCUUGCCAUAUAUUCAAAACCUUAUUGACUGUGAUUGAGCCACUGCAAGUUCUAGAUAUCUAUUAUGUGCAAAUGGGUUGGAAGGAUGUAUUAAAGGGCAUGUAAAAUUCUCCCAGUCAGUUACAAUUCAGUGGUAACUUGGAUGGAAAAUACUUGAGCUGUACCAUUAAUCUUGACAAUAAACUUGUAUAAACUGUGUCUUUGAAAGGAGCUGCAUGUCUUUGUCAUAAUAGUAGUAUAGAUAGUUCAGUACCAAAGUACCUGGAAAGAAGUACUAAAUGAAGGUAAAUUUUUUGCUCAAAUAUAUUAGCAAAACAUUAAUCUACAAUUUUAUUUCAAUAAUAUCUGUCUUUUUCACCCUCAAAAACUCUCAUGUAAAACCUCUUGGUAUUUUUUCAAACCCACUAAAAAUCUCAUUGGAUUCUUGCUUUGCUCUAAAAUCAGGGUCUCUCAGUGCAGCAGGUAUGUAGUAUUAUAUUUGCAUUUUUGUCUGCUGAAGUAUAAUGAGCAAGAAGGAAGUGUUCAAAUAGAAAUAAGAGAGACUGAUACUUUGGGAUCAGUUGAGAAGUGUCCAAAUAUGUAUAUUAUGCUUCGGCUCUGGAAAUGUUUUGAGUUGAUAAAGAGCUUUUUUAAUAAAGAGGUAUCUGUGACCUGCAAACCAAUAAAACAAUAUUUCUCACUAAA